CGUUUUGUAGUCUCAAAUUGUACUCUCUCCAUCCAUAAGGAAGCUUUAUUAACUUGUAAUUGCAACCGUUAGACAGGAUGAGGUACUAUGCUUCUGGCUUCUGUCUAUGGCUUCCCUCAACAUUACUCUUCCGCCAUUAAAACCCAUUUCAUUUUCUCUCUUCUCUCUCUCUCAAUUCCAUGGCCGAACACUCCCACACCAUCAUUCUUCAAUACCCACGUCUUCUCUUCCUAUUCUACCACACGGCCAAAUCCAAUUUUUGAAAUUCAAAACUCCCAAAAUCACCUGCACUUUCUCUUUGAUUCCCACCACUUCUGGGAUUCCCAUUGUUGAAGAUGAUGAAAGUGGGUUUAUAGUUGUAAACUUUUAUCACUUUGUUUAUAUUGAAGACCCUGAAUUUGAAGUUUCCAAGCAUUUAUCCGUUUUAGAGGAGCUUGAUAUACAUGGACGGAUAUAUAUCAAUGAACAAGGUGUUAAUGCACAGUUUAGUGGACCAUCAAAAGAUGCUAUGUCGUAUGUGAAAUGGCUUAGACAUGACCAAAGAUUCACUGAUAUUUUGGUCCAAAUUUCUCCUUCUAGUGGACAUGCAUUUCCAAGGUUGAAAAUGCGUUACAAGCCUUCACUAGUUCAGUUUGAUUUAGGAGCUCAAGAUCUUCCACUCCUUGAUCCCUCAAUGCGUGCAGAACCUCUAUCACCAUCUGAAUGGAGGGCUAGGUUAAAGUCACUAGAUAGCAAUCAUGACAAAGCAAAUGACGAUCACAAGAGUUGCAUUUUGUUGGAUGUGAGAAAUGGUUAUGAAUGGGAUAUUGGUCACUUCCAGGGGGCUCAACGUCCUGAAGUUGACUGCUUUAGAACUACUUCUUUUGGGCUAUCAAACCUACAGGUGACUGAUUCAGAUCCUUUAGUGAAUGUUGAUAAAGAUAAAACAGAUAUUUUAAUGUAUUGUACUGGAGGAAUUCGCUGUGAUGUAUAUUCUACCAUCCUCAGACAAAAGGGUUUCAAGAACCUUUUCACUUUGAAGGGUGGUGUUUCAAAUUAUCUCAAGAAGGAAGGUCCAGAAAAAUGGGUUGGUAAUUUGUUUGUAUUUGAUUCUCGCCUCUCACUCCCACCAGCCACUUUCAAGCCUGGAGCCACAACCUCAAGUGGAAGUCAGGAAGCUCCAGCUAAUAGCAAAUUUGCUCGAUGUUACAUAUGUGGUUCACAAGUCAAUGAAUUAAGACAUCGGAAUUGUGCAAAUCUGGACUGCAACCUCCUUUUCCUUUGCUGCAGAAACUGUGUGGAAGGAUUAAGAGGUUGCUGCUGUUCAAAUUGUAAAACUGCUCCACGGCUAAGACCUGUUUUGUUUGGAAGCGUACGGUACCAAAAAUGGCAUCUUUAUCGAGAUAGUAAGGUUAGAGAAGAGAUUUCUUAGUUUAAAUCAGACAGCACUAACAUCUCUCUUUUUGCAUUUGAUUUUAUGUUAUCAUCUUCUAUGUUGAUGUGUAGCAGACUGAACUUUUAGAAAAUUCAAUGCAUUUGUGCCUUAUGUAAAUAUAUGUGAUGAGAAUGAAAUUCGAAGUCCAGGAUUUUGAUUAGGUUGAGUGAUAUAGUGGAUUAGUUAAACUGGCGCCUCCGCCUGUUACUCGAAGAAUAGCUGCCAUGGAAACACAAAUAAAGAAUCUGGAACAACAAAUUGUUGAUCAAAAUUCUCGAUUUGAUCCAAAAUUUGAUGAGAUGCUGAAGAUGUUGCAAGCGAUUCAAGCUGAGAAGGUUUCGGUUCCUUCUUUUGCUCCUUCUGAACCGUCCUCUCCUUCUUCAUCGUUUUUCGACAGCUUAAACAGGUCCAAUUCUACCAGGACCUUAGGUAUGAACCCUAAAUUGGAGUUUCCUAAAUUUAAUGGCAAUAAUCCACGAGUUUAGGUAAAGAAAUGUUGUAAGUACUUCAGUUUGUGUAAGAUAGCCGAUGAACAAAUAUUCGAUUUAGCUUCUUUGAACAUGACGGAUAAAGCUGAGAGUUGGAUGAUGAACUAUUUGUCUGUGAUGUUGUUGAACAAUUUAAUAGACUUCAGCAGCUUGGUUCAA